CGGGGCCAUGGCGGCGCUGGCCCUGGUCGCUGUGGCGGCCGCGCUGGGCCCGGGCCUGGCCGAGCCCCGGUACCGCCCGGACUGGGCCAGCCUGGACGCGCGGCCGCUGCCGGCCUGGUUCGACCGGGCCAAGGUGGGGGUGUUCGUGCACUGGGGGGUGUUCUCCGUGCCGGCCUGGGGCUCCGAGUGGUUCUGGUGGCACUGGCAGGGCCAGCACGAUGCCGCCUACGAGCGCUUCGUGCGCCGCCGCUUCCCGCCCGGCACCACCUACGCGGAGUUCGCGCCCCGUUUCACCGCCCACGACUUCCAGCCCCGGCAGUGGGCACGGCUCUUCCAGCGGGCCGGGGCCAGAUACGUGGUCCUGACCACCAAGCACCACGAGGGCUUCACCAACUGGGGGUCACCAGUGUCCUGGAACUGGAAUUCUGUGGAUACAGGGCCCCACCGGGACCUGGUGGGAGAGCUGGGAGAAGCCCUCAGGGAGAGCAACCUCCGUUAUGGGCUGUAUCACUCCCUGAUGGAGUGGUUUAACCCUCUCUACCUUGCUGACAAACAAAGGGACUUCAAGACCCAGAGCUUUGUUUUAAAGAAGACCAUGCCAGAACUUUAUGACCUUGUCUUAAAAUACAAACCAGACCUGAUCUGGUCGGAUGGGGACUGGGAAGCUCCAGAUUCCUACUGGAAUUCCACCUCUUUCCUUGCCUGGCUCUACAACGACAGCCCCGUCAAGGACACCGUGGUUGUCAACGAUCGCUGGGGUCGGGGCUGCUCCUGCCGCCACGGGGGUUUCUACAACUGUGCUGACAAGUACAGGCCAGGCACCCUGCCAGAGCACAAGUGGGAGAUGUGCUCCUCCCUGGACAGGCUCUCCUGGGGCUACCGCAGCAACAUGAGCCUGGCUGAGGUGAUGGAUGAAAUGAGUAUGAUUGAGGAGAUGGUGCAGACUGUGAGUUUGGGUGGCAACUACCUCCUCAAUGUGGGACCUACAAAAGAAGGGGUGAUUGUGCCCAUCUUCCAAGAAAGACUCCUGGCCCUUGGGAGGUGGCUGGACACCAAUGGGGAGGCGAUUUAUGAAUCCCAGCCUUGGAGGGUGCAGAUGGAGAACACCACAGACACAGUCUGGUACACCUCCAAGGGACCAGUGGUCUUUGCCAUCUUCCUGCUCUGGCCUCUGGACAGUGUCCUGCAUCUCUCCUCACCCAUUCCAUCCCCAGGCACACAGGUGACACUGCUGGGGUUUGGUGGCACUCUGGAGUGGCAGAACCAGCCAGGGAAAGGGAUGCUCAUAACCCUGCCCUACAUGCUGCCAUCUCCUCUCCCUCCUCAGUCUGGCUGGGUGGUGAAGCUCGAGGGUGUGAAGUGAUGCCUGUGGGGGGACACAGCAUCUCCCACUGCCUUUCUUUUUGAUUGAACCCAAGAGGAAUUUUAUGUUUCAUGUUGAAUACAUUAUUUUUCACUUGAGAGAAUCUCUCCUCCAGUCUCUGUUGCCUUGUGUUACUUCAGUGUUGGUUGGAGCAGUUGUGAUCAGCUGCUUCCAUGAUGAAUAAAUCCAAUGGAAGCUUGCUGGAAGAGAUCUGGAAGAAAUCAUCUGUUAAAAAAUGAUGCAAAUCCAUGAACAAACUUUUAUUGAUAUUCUUCUAGAGACAGCUACAACAAAAGGUUUUGUUCUCAGUGAAUUUAAGAAACUCCACCAUUGUGAACUGCACUUGUGACUUCUGCUGGCACCCCUGAACUUGUGACCUUGGAGUCCCGGUGAGAGCAGGUUUGAACGUCUCAGAAAGGGUCGAGCAAUGUGAGUGUGGGUGAUGAGGCUGCUCCAGACAGCGCAGGCUGUUGUGAAGGCACCACAGCGCUGCAGGCAGGCUGUGUUUUGUUCCUGCCCCAGCCAGGACACUGGGAGCCGAGCUCCAGCAGCGCCCCGGGGCAGGCCCACGUGCGGAGCCGCUGCCGAGGCGCUCGAGUGACGAACAUCCAGAGAACCGGCCGCGAGUGCCAGAGCCGCUCACAGGAGCGCCGCCCGCUCCGCUGGUGACGCCCUUACAGACAAAAAAAUGGGACAAACAGGGACAACAGAGCGAUGGCCUCUUUGCCUCACAACCCCAUCACGCCGGUGACCCCUGGCGCGGAGCGGGGCCCGCCCCAAAACAAACAGCUCCGUGUUUGCUCGGCGCACCGGGCAGCGCCGAAGCCGCCGCUAUAAGUGCGCGGCGGGCGCGCCGCGGGGCAGUGCCGGAGGGAACGAUGCCGCUCUGCGACACGGGCUGCGCGCCGCGGGACGGCGCCUGGG